CCGGUGGCGUCACUCGCGAGUUCAGUACCUGUACUCGCUCAACCUGUUGCGCCUUGGCCUCGCCGUUGUGUUCCCGCCGUCACAUCUGCGUCACGGAUCUCAGACCAUGACGUACGCGGGACUGGGCUUCCAGCUGGCGCGUCAGCUGGUGCGAAUCGUGGACAAGCGCGGACGCACGCUGGACUACGACGGCCGUCCGUUCUCCUGGUGGCAUGAAAUCGCCGGCCACGUCGAGUGCCGCCUGUCGACUGCGACCAGCCCGCAAGAGCGCCGCGCCGUGGCCGACCUGUUCGCCCUCGACGUCGCCCUGGCGGCCAUGGCAGACGCCGCCAGGGGAAGCCACUCUCCGCUCAGGCUCCAGCACCUGGAAGCGAUGAGCGCGGCGCAGACGUUCUACGUCAGUUAUUGCAGCCACUUCUGCGACAGCCAGCCGCUCCAUCACGCCCGCUCCAUGUGCAAUCUGGCCAUCAACGGCUCCGGAUUCGGCACCGCCUUCGGCUGCCAAGCAACUCCUGGCAACGCUCGACAGUGCCUGUUCGUCUGAUUCGUUCGGCCGUUACGGCGCGCCAAACUGUUAGGCCAUUGCGAGUGUCUUCAUAACGCAGCAGCUGCAGUAUUUGUGGACUCGGGCUAACGCGGUUUUACGAGGCGGAUUUCGAUGCGGUGCUAUGCCUGUUCAAGUUUGGUCUCGUGCUUU